GUUUUCACCCUCAAAUACCUCCGUGUCUUUUCCAUUACGAUUGAAGAUUUUGGUGAAUUACAUCAAACUGAAAGGAAAAUACAUGUUCCAGGUUUCUUCUUUUUAAAAUCUACCGAACCAAUAUAAACACAAAUCGACUAGAAUCUAAUCUCUUCUUCGUUGACACCAUCAAAGUCAUUCUUUGACGAACAAAGACAAAGUUCCUAGAUUAAUUUAGAGAAGCAACAGAUUGGGAAUCAAAUCCAUAUUUGUUCAGCUCCACAAAACCCCUAAUUUUUUCAGUUCAUUAAUCCAAUUCAUUGUUGAUUCGAAGGGGAAAAAAUCACAUCAACUGUCACACAGAAUCACCCCAACGGCUAGUGAAGAAGUUGAAGAAGGGUUCCAAAGUUCUUGAUUAACUGGAAUGGACCUUCAAUUCAAGACUUUCCUUGAUGAUGAUAAUUACAACACGUUAUCAGCACGAAUCGCUCCCGACGCUCGACGGCCAAGCUACUGCUAUUCAACAACUAAAAUACAGGGAGUAUAGGUAGUUGUUGUUCCUUUGAAUACUUUUCUUAAAUGGAAAAUCUAACGAAACUCGAAUUCGCAGGUGUUGACAUCUCAGGAAAUAAUUAUAUUUCUUGGGCACUUGAUGCCGAGCUUCAUUUGGAAGCUAAAGGCCUCGGGCAUACUAUUACGGAAGGAAACAACGCGUCCAACCAGGACCGCGCUACGGCUCUAAUUUUCCUUCGCCAUCAUCUCCAUGAUGAUUUAAAAAGAGAAUAUUUGACAGUUAAAGAUCCAUUUACUUUAUGGAACUGUCUGAAAAAACGGGUUGACCACCUGAAGUUGGUCAUACUUCCAAAAGCUCGGAAUGAUUGGUUGAACUUGCGGCUGCAAAAUUUUCGAUCAGUGGCAGCUUAUAAUUAUGCUCUAUUUAAAAUUACCUCGACAUUAAAAUUGUGCGGGGAAAAUGUCACUGACGAACAAAUGUUAGAGAAAACAUUUACAACUUUUCAUGCCUCGAAUGUGCUCCUGCAGCAGCAAUAUCGAGAGCGUAAAUUUACAGAAUAUUCCGAGCUAAUUUCCUGUUUGUUGAUUGCAGAGCAGAAUAAUGAGCUUUUGUUGAGAAACCAUGAAGCUCGUCAUGUUGGUUCCGCAGCGGUGCCUGAAGCACAUGCUACUACGCAUUUUAGACGAGGAAAUAAUCAUGGUAACAAAGGCAAACAUGGAAAUGGUAAAGGAAACCAACGUGGGGGCCACAAAAAUGAACGAGGAAAGGGUGUCUGUUACCAGCCGUACCAACGGCCGCUAAAAAUUGCGGAACCAAAGGAACCGAAGCAAGAAAAGGGAAAGGGUUCUUCUAGUCAACCUCCUCAGAAAAGUGUUUGCUAUCGGUGUGGCUUAACUGAUCACUGGCAGCGUACCUGUCGUACGCCAGAACAUUUUGUUAGGCUCUAUCAGGCGUCCCUGAAGCGACCUGCCGAAAACAUAGUAACAAAUUUAAUUGAAGCCAGUGCCCCCAGUACCAGUGAUACCCAUUUGGAUGUAUCUGAUUAUAUCGUCGACCUUGAAAGUGGCGAGCCUAGUCAGUUUUCUUUUGAUGAGUUGUAGAACUGUUUCUUCCUUAUUCCCUGUAGUAUAUUUCCUUGUGUUUUUUGUAUGUUUUUUCUUUUCUUUUCUCUUGUUGUAAUUUUGGGUGUGUUCUUUUUGGUGAUGUAUACCACAUUUUUUGGUGUAAUAUAAGUGGACAUUUUGGUA